AUGGUAACAAGCCUGUGGCCAGGAGCUAAAGAUUCAGUUGUGGCGUUCUUCCAUAAUAAUCAUGUAAGUCAAUUCAAAAAAUAUCAAUAGCGACUCCGUUUAGGUCAAUCAAAUUGUGACAUUUUUCAUUAUUGUUUCUGGAUUAUACGUUUCCAUUGUCUCAAUAACAGGCCAAAACUUUCGUGAGUAAUGUUUUGUUCUACAAUCAGAAAGUGAGAGAGUGCCAGUUUAGUACAUCCACUCUCGCCGGUCAUCUCAAACACUCUUGAUUUGCAAAAUGCAGCCAACGAGAUUCUCCAUUCAAUUAUCUCGUGCUUUAUGAUGACUGUUCUAGCGGUGGUACUUGGAAAACUCGUCAAAUUUAUCUACAUUCCGUCACUAAUUGGUGCGUGACACAUCUGUGGGAGGCACAGUAAAUUGGUUAUUCACAGGAUGCAUGAUGGUCGGAAUAGCAAUGAGAAAUGUGCCUCAAUUUGGAGAAUUGUUCUACAUCAACGAAUACUGGCAGUUUAUUCUACGAAAAUUGGCAUUGGUGGUCAUCAUUAUUAGAUGGGGGAUAUCUAUAAAUGUUCGGUUCAUCAGGAAGAACUACGUGAGAAAAUACUAAACAAAAAGGCGACACCGCGGCUUUUCCAGAUUUUCCCACCAAUUCUAGGGUUUGGUUCGGCGUUUGCAGAAGCUAUUGCCAUUUUUUUCACCGCAUGUUUUGUAUUCCAAUUCCCAGCUUCAUUGAGUAUUAUCUGUGGGUUUGUGGUGGCAACAGUGUCCCCGGCGGUUGGAAUGCCCACAAUGCUUCGCAUGAAAGAACAAGGAAUCGGAACCACAAAGGUGUGAAUUGCAAAUCGUUUUAAAACCGUUCUUCUCAUUUUCAGAACAUCCCUGACGUUGUUCCAGCUGCGUGUUGUUUCGAUAACGUUAUAUCGUUGCUGAUCUUUUCAGUAACAGCGUCGGUCACGUUCACCCAUGGUACAGUUAAUAAGAGUUCCUAAGAAACAAUUUGUUUCGUAUUUAGACGCCAUGUUUCCGACAAUGGUGAAGAGCAUUGGUGCAAUAGUACUGGCGUCAAUAAUUGGUUGCGCCAUCGGAUGGCUACUCCGCUGGUUUCCGAAGAACGACAAUAGACAUACGCACUUAGCGCGCUUCCUUGUCAUUGCAUCUUCUACUUACGGAGUUAUAACAAGUUAGUGAGGAACACGGAACGCAUGUAGAAAUUGCAAUAUUUGGAUUAUGCAGACUGGGGCUCAAAAUCAUCUUGAAAAGCGAAAUGAAAUCUGAUUAAUUGUUUAAGGCAUGAUCGUUCUCGGAUACCAAUUCCCCGGAAUCGUCGCUGGACUGUGUCUUUGUUGCGUGAGCACAACUAAAUGGAGGAAUGAUAACCCAAGAGGGGUAACAAAUUGAGAUAUGUGACCAGGAAACAUCUCAAUCUCAUUCAGAUCAAAGUUUUGGUUUACCAGUACGACAACCUAUGGUACUUUGUAGCAGUUCCGCUUCUUUUCUCAUUAGUUGGAUACACUUUCAAUUUUGCUGACGUAUUUACAAAUUAUGCCCCGUUUCUGAUCUUUGUUUUCAGCUGACUGUAUCCGAUUUGAAAGUUGCCUUGACCAUCAUAGCAGUGGGAUGUUCUUUCCGUUUUCUAUCUGCCAUGCUACUUGCGUUCUGUGGUCAUUUUAACAUUUACGAACAAAUUAUUUUGGCUCUGACUCUGAUGCCAAAAGCUACUGUUCAAUGCGCUCUUGCUCCAUCAUUGAUUCUGAUGACCGAUGGCUUCCCCGAGUUCAGAAAACAAACGAAAUUGGUGAGAAGUGUCUGAGUCAUAGGAUCAUCCUUCAUAAUCCUUUUUAUUGCAGAUCAUCAACAUUUGCAUUAUCGCCGUGAUGGUGACAAGCCCGGUGGUUGAGAUAUUAUUACAAAUCUUAGCUCCGAGAUUAUUAAAGCUUAAGGAAGGGUCAUCAGUAAGAGUGACCACUUUAAAUUAAAGCCAAGAAAGAGCACUGUUUCAGGUGUACAACAGAGAUACCACCACUUCCACAAUGUUUGAUGAGAUAGACAUGAAAGGGUCCGCGGAAUUGAGUAAAGCGUCGUCGAAAAACCCAAUCUUGGACACCAAAGGCAUCUACGAACUCAACCCGAACUUUGUUCCAAUCAACUUUCAAAGCAAUCUUCCGCGGCCUUACUAUCAGUAUCUGAACAAUACACUGAACUACCAGAAUGGAAAUCAAAGUAUUGACAAGUUGAAGCACUAA